GUCUUCAAAAUAAUUAACACUUCUUUUAGGAUGCUGGCCAUCAUUUGCCUACUAUUUUUUGUCUUACAAACAUCGGGUAUUGAGUUGACAUUUGAACUGCCUGACAAUGCAAAUCAGUGUUUUUAUGAAGAUAUCAAAGCUGGAGUAGAUUGUGUUAUCGAGUUUCAGGUAGUUACUGGUGGGCAGUAUGAUGUUGAUAUGACUUUGGAAGAUCCGCAUGGAAAAGUGUUGUAUAAAGAUGUCAAAAAGCAGUAUGACAGCUAUAACUGGAAAUCACAGGUGCCCGGCACAUACAAGGCAUGCUUCUCUAACGAAUUCUCUACAUUUUCUCACAAAAUAGUCUAUAUGGACUGGCAGGUCGGUCCUCCUGAUCAACACAAUAAAGUCCCAGCUCCAGCUAAUCAUGCUAUGACCACUAUUGAAAAUUCUGCUGUUGCGAUAGCUGACAAGUUGAGAGUGGUGGAUGACUACCAAACACAUCAUCGUCUGCGUGAAGCUACUGGCAGAAAGCGGGCAGAGCAGUUGAACGAGCGUGUCUUACUUUGGAGUUUGGGUCAAACAACACUUAUCAUUCUUAUUGGAAUUGCUCAGGUCAUGCUGCUACGGUCAUUCUUUUCGGAGAAGCGAACGAGGUACUAGGCAGCGAUACGUAAACAAGUGUCUGCCAUUUAUUUACCUUUCACAGUAAUCUGUGCAUAAGUGCUAUGUAUUGUAUGAUGUCACAGUAUUGUUUUCUCCUCUCGCUUGCAUCAAUAAUGUUGUAGUUGUUUAUCUGAUUUAUGAGGGUGAUAUGCCUCUGCUUAUCGUUAGGAUUCAAAGAGGCACUUCGUUGCGUACUCUCCUUGUUCAUGGGAUAAUUUAAAAAGCAUGAAUAAUUGUUAUUUGCUAUGGUUCAUUUUUAUAAUCGUGAUGACGACUUGACUGCGGUCUUUGCGCACACAGAAGGAUAAAAUUCCCAUACAAACAGGCAACACCUCAACGCUAAGCUCGGUCUUUUCCAGUGCCUGAAACUAUCAUAUGUAAGAAGAAAAACUACUCGAGAAGAGACAGAAACAAAAAUUGGGAGUGCGUGCGUGUUGCGCGCGGUCGCGCCAUCGUCACGGUUUUUUGAAUGCUCUGUACUGUGUUCUUUGUUGAAAAAGCACA